AUGUCCUCUUCACAGUUUACACCGUCGGACCAGUUCGAGAAGAACAAAGAGAGAGACUGGGCAGCCAAUCUAGGCAUGCUGGACUGGGAUAAUACAAGGAUUGUCUUUACGAAGCGCUCUUUGAUCGAGUUUCUCAAGUCCAUUGAUGUUACGGUAGACACGGGCUUCUCCAAUAUCCAGAAAUUGCCGCGAUAUGCGAAAUUCGGCAAGUUGGCCGCUACCUCUGACGCGGAGGCCGCGUCUACUAGCGGAGCUGCCAAGCCGUCGUUGUCCGGAAACCUCUUCAGUCAAGACGACGACGACGCGUUGGCCAACGCGCCGCCCAAGGAUAGUGCUGAGGCUCAAGCUCAAGCUGCACCUACUCAGGAUCCGGCGAAAUUAUCGAGCCAGGACGAUGAAGCUGGAAUCCCCUUCAGUUCGCAUAUUAAACCUAGCAGACGAGUGAGAACUGUGCCAGGUGGGAAAGAUAGCAUUUCCAGUUUGUUAGGUUCCUCUGGUGAUCAAGAUGAUUUCAAACCUACGCGUCGGUAUGCACACUACAUCUCUCCUCUCAGGCCCCGAGGCUUAUUCGUUUUUUUCGAACUACUAGUGUCAGGCAAAUUCCUGGAGGGCAAGACAACAUCAAUGGUGUACGGUCCCAUUCACUGGGACAUGGAUAUUCACCCACCUUGCACACAGAUAUUCUAA